ACCAACCCUUCAAAUCUUUGGUCUCAGGCCUGUCAGUGAGUCUGUAGCACUGCAAAUGAUUCACUACAGAAUCAGCACGGACGGGUUUAACUAACAGUUGUUAUUGUAUCGAAACAGAAAGAAGUAUUUCCGUGGGUGUCUGGUAAGGAUGAGCAGAUGGGCUGUACUUGUGUUGAGUGUGUUUGCUCCACCAGCAGCCGCUGCUGAACAGAAAUAGGCUGAGACUGCUGCCAUAUCUUCCUAAAUUAGACAUGGCCGCGACCGGAGUUCUCCCCUUCAUCAGGGGAGUAGACCUCAGUGGGAAUGACUUUAAGGGGGGUUAUUUCCCGGAGCAUGUCAAGUCUAUGACCAGCUUGCGAUGGCUGAAGCUCAACAGAACGGGGCUUUGCUAUCUUCCAGAGGAACUGGCCUCCCUACAGAAACUGGAACAUUUGUCUGUGAGUCACAACAGCCUGACGACGCUGCAUGGAGAGUUAUCAAGUCUUCCCAAUCUAAGGGCGGUUGUGGCCAGAGCAAAUAACCUGAAGAACUCUGGCGUUCCUGAUGAUAUUUUUCAGCUGGAUGAUCUUUCUGUGCUGGAUCUGAGCUACAACCAACUAACAGAAAUCCCUCGGGAUUUGGAGAACUCCAGAAACAUGUUGGUCUUAAACCUCAGUCACAAUAGCAUUGAUAACAUCUCAAAUCAGCUGUUCAUUAACCUCACUGAUCUGCUGUACCUGGACCUGAGUGACAAUAAUUUGGACAGUCUUCCUCCUCAGAUGAGACGCUUGGUCCAUUUGCAGACCCUCAUACUCAAUAAUAAUCCGCUUAUGCACGCGCAGCUGAGGCAGUUACCUGCUAUGGUGGCCCUUCAAACCCUUCAUUUAAGAAACACUCAGCGUACUCAAAAUAACAUGCCCACGAGUCUGGAGGGCCUCACUAACCUAGCAGACGUGGAUCUGUCCUGCAAUGAUCUGACUCGAGUACCAGAAUGCUUGUAUUCGCUGGCUAAUCUCAAACGGCUGAAUCUGAGCAGCAAUCAGAUAUCUGAACUGUCACUGUGUAUAGAUCAGUGGACUAAACUCGAGACGCUCAACCUUUCUAGGAAUCAGCUCACAUCCCUGCCUUCUACCAUUUGCAAGCUGUCUAAGCUGAAGAAGCUGUAUGUGAACUCAAACAAAAUAGAUUUUGAUGGGCUUCCAUCUGGUGUUGGAAAAUUGUCCAACCUGGUUGAGUUCAUGGCUGCAAAUAAUAAUUUGGAGCUUGUUCCAGAGGGGCUUUGCAGGUGUGGAAAAUUGAAAAAGCUGGUUUUGAACAAGAACCGGCUUGUGACAUUACCAGAGGCCAUUCAUUUCCUCACUGACCUGCAGGUUUUGGAUGUCCGUGAGAAUCCAAAUCUAGUAAUGCCCCCUAAACCAGUGGACAGGACGGCCGAGUGGUACAACAUAGACUUCUCUUUGCAGAACCAACUGCGAUUGGCUGGUGCGUCUCCAGCCACUGUGGCAGCAGCUGGUGGAGGAAAUAACCCAAGAGACCAUAUGGCCAGAAAAAUGAGGCUAAGGAGACGCAAGGACUCGACCCAGGAUGAUCAGGCUAAACAGGUGCUGAAGGGAAUGUCAGACGUGGCUCAGGAGAAGAACAAAUCCAUCGAGGAGAAUGGAGACUUAAAACACUCUGAUCUGAAAACCAAACGAUGGGACAAGAACCUGGAGAAACCGCAGCUGGAUUACUCGGAGUUCUUCAUGGAGGAUGUGGGCCAGAUCCCUGGUGUCACCGUUUGGCAGAUCGAAAACUUUAUUCCCAUCCAGGUGGACGAGGCCUUUCUUGGGAAGUUCUACGAGGCAGACUGUUACAUUGUUCUCAAGACGUUCUUAGAUGACAACGGAGCCCUGAACUGGCACAUCUAUUACUGGAUCGGGCAGGAAGCUACCCUUGAUAAGAAAGCCGGCUCUGCCAUCCAUGCUGUCAACCUCCGUAAUUAUUUGGGAGCUGAGUGCAGGACUAUCAGAGAGGAGAUGGGAGACGAGAGUGAAGAAUUCACUGCAGUGUUCAACAAUGAGAUUUCUUAUAUUGAGGGUGGAACUGCAAGUGGAUUUUACACAGUAGAGGACACUCAAUACCAAACCAGGUUGUACAGGGUUUAUGGGAAAAAGAACAUCAGAUUAGAAUCUGUGCCUCUGAAAGCGUCCUCACUCGACCCCCGGUUUGUCUUUUUGUUGGACACUGGUCUUGAGAUAUUUGUUUGGAGAGGAGGCAAUGCAACACUUGGUGGUACUACAAAAGCGAGGUUAUUUGCUGAGAAGAUCAACAAAAAUGAGCGAAAAGGCAAAGCAGAGAUUACAACUUUGAUGCAGAAUCAGGAACCUCCAGAGUUUUGGGAAAUUCUUGGGGGACAGCCCGAGGAAAUCAAGAAACAUGUCCCAGAUGACUUCACUCCUGUCCGACCCAAGCUCUAUAAGGUUGGUUUGGGCUUGGGAUACCUUGAACUUCCUCAGAUCAACUACAAACUCUCUGUGGAGCACAAGGACAAGCUCAAGCUAGAUGUGGUUCCCGAGCAAAGACUGGUCCAAGGCCUUUUAGACACUAAAGGAGUCUACAUCGUAGAUUGCUGGUCGGAUGUCUUCAUUUGGAUCGGCCGUAAGUCCCCACGUCUUGUGCGGGCAGCUGCAUUGAAGCUGGGCCAAGAGGUGUGCAGUUUGCUCCAUCGGCCAAAACACGCCGUGGUCAUCCGCAAUCUGGAGGGCACAGAGUGCCAGGUCUUCAAAUCCAAGUUCAAGAAUUGGGAUGACGUGUUGAAGGUGGAUUAUACCAGGAACGCAGAGAGUGUGAAGCAAAAUGAGGGCUUGAGUGGAAAGGUGAAGAAGGAUGCAGAGCAGAAGGAUCAGAUGAAAGCCGACCUGACAGCUCUGUUCCUUCCUAGACAGCCAGCAAUGCCUCUCACAGAGGCGGAACAGAUGAUGGAGGAGUGGAACGAGGAUUUGGACGGCAUGGAGGGAUUCGUUCUGGAGGGGAAGAAGUUUGCCCGUUUACCAGAGGAGGAGUUUGGGCACUUUUAUACUCAGGAUUGCUACGUCUUUCUCUGCAGGUACUGGGUGCCAGUGGAGUAUGAGGAUGAUCAGGAGAAAGACAAAGACAAAGAGGCAGACGAUGAGGACAAACAGCCUGAAGAAGACUUCCAGUGUGUGGUUUACUUCUGGCAGGGCCGUGAGGCCUCCAACAUGGGCUGGCUGACCUUCACUUUCAGCCUGCAGAAGAAGUUUGAGAGCUUGUUCCCAGGCAAACUGGAGGUUGUGAGGAUGACCCAGCAGCAGGAGAAUCUUAAGUUCCUGUCACAUUUCAAGAGGAAGUUCAUCAUCCACAAAGGCAAGAGGAAGCUAAAAGUGGACAGUGUGCAGCCAAGCUUAUACCACAUCAGAACAAACGGAAGUGCGCUGUGCACCAGGACUAUUCAAAUAGCCACAGAUUCCAGUAACCUCAACUCUGAAUUCUGCUUCAUACUGAAGGUGCCGUUUGAAAGUACAGACAACCAGGGAAUCGUGUACACGUGGGUGGGCCGAGCAGCAGACCCAGACGAAGCUAAACUGGCAGAGGACAUCAUGAACACCAUGUUCGACGACACCUACAGCAAGCAGGUGAUAAAUGAAGGAGAAGAGCCAGAAAAUUUCUUCUGGGUUGGCAUCGGCUCACAGAAGCCAUACGAUGAAGAUGCAGAGUACAUGAAAUAUGCUAGACUCUUUAGGUGCUCCAAUGAGAAGGGUUACUUUGCUGUAUCAGAGAAGUGCUCCGACUUCUGUCAAGAUGACCUGGCCGAUGACGACAUCAUGCUUUUGGACAAUGGGAAAGAGGUUUACAUGUGGGUUGGCACACAGACUAGCCAGGUGGAGAUUAAACUGAGCUUGAAGGCUUGUCAGGUCUAUAUUCAGCACAUGAGGUCCAAGGAUGCAGAGCACCCCAGAAAACUGCGCCUGGUGCGCAAGGGCAACGAACCUCACUGUUUCACCCGCUGUUUCCACGCAUGGAGCACCUUCAAGACUGCACCUGCAUAAAUCAGCCUCACACCUCACACACAGCCUGUCUGAAUACAGUUUGAGCAAACAGCACUACUCACAACAGACCAUACAUUAUUAAUGUGCACUGCAUCACUCUCUUUAAAAAGCUCAAAUAUAUAUAUUUGCUAAUUGAAUUUUAUAUUUAUGUGUAGAUUUUAGGGGUGCUCCGAUCACGAUCGGCCGAUCGUUAAUGUGCAUCUCGUCAGUAAAGCCGGUUUUCUAAUCAGCGGUUAAUUCCAUCAGGUGCGUGAUUUCACAUAGAACAGCUGUUACUACACAGAGCCGUUGUUAAUAGAGAGGAUGCGCAAAUCACGUUAAUUUUCAGCGUUUUUCGGCGCAUCCUCUCUAUUAACAACGGCUCUGUGUAGUAUCAGCUGCUCUAUGUGAAAUCACGCACCUGAUGGAAUUAACCGCUGAUUUGAAAACCGGCUUUACUGACGAAAUGCGCAUUAACGAUCGGCCGAUCGUGAUCGGAGCACCCCUAGUAGAUUUCAAAUCAAAGGAAGAGUGUAAACGCUACAGCACUUGGGUAGGCGUUACCUCAAGAGAUCAGAUGCUGUAUUCCUUAAGGGAUGUUUUCAAGAAGAACAUAUCUGUUGAGGGAGAGUCUACAGUCUACAUUUUUAACCAUCUGGCUGCACAAGUGUUGUGAAUUGUCAUAUCUGUUUACAUUUUCUACAUUUGAAGCAGUUAUUUUAAAGACGUCUCCUUACAUAAUUUGUUUGGAUUACACUUUUCAUGUUUUAUUCUGUAGAUGCAUAUCACAUACUGCCAAAACUCUCCAUUAUUGAAAGCACAACACCUAUGUCUGUUUCAGAUAUCACCUAAACAGCUUUUCUUUUCUUUUUUGGCCUUUGAAUGUGUCUUUCCAUUAGUUUGAUUUGUUUUACCUUUGGGAUGUUGACUCUAAAGCCAAUGCUGAUGGAAUAAUGAAGUGCACAGUUUAUGUGGGAUGUAUUUUCAGUUAUUUACAUGUCCGAAUGAGAAUGUGUUUUUAUGCCCUUUAACCCCCCCGUACAGCUAUACCAAUGAAGCAGAUAACUGAGUGGAACCCAGUGAUUUUAAUGAAAAAUGCAGUCUGUAACCAGCAAUCUAGUGGUAGCAGAACAACAGUGUUACCAUGAUUUGGUCUUCACAUAUCGAGGCUCUUUGAGCUAUUUAGCUGACAGUUUCAUACAUCACAGAUUGUGCUUUUAAAAAUAAAUAAUUUUUAAAAAAAAAGUUGAAAAAGUUAUGGUCCUUAUUGCUACUUGAUAGUUUCUUUUGAAUUUUGAAUAUUUGUUGAACUUGGACAGGGAAAUUUUAGUCAAUAAAAUAAAUAUUCUUAUUUUAAUUAUGCUGAUUGAAUUCAUUAUGGCUGUCAUGAAAGGGAUUGGGAGAGGUAGAAUAGCUCUUUGAUCUAUUUUGUUUCCUUCUGUCACCGCAGUUUUUUUUUUUUUUUGUCUGCAUAUAUAAAUGUAUUUCUAUGUGUAGAAAUAUUUUCUGCCACUGAUUUCAUCUGCAGAUGCUCUAUUUAUGUAUUUUGUAUUGAAUAAAGUUUCAUCGCACAUCUGUA